AUGAUUUUGCUCUUCGUUAUUUUUAUAUCCUUACAGAUGAUAAAUUUCAUUGACGCUAAAAAUUAUUUAACAGUUGAUGACGAACUUAAGGACUGUGCGAAAACUGAUGAUCAUUUGGUUGAUUGGAGUGACUACAACCUAGUUGCAAUAAAUGAUACACUUACAGUUGUUAAUGGAAGCGUUACAUUUCUCAGAGAUGUAAUUAGUCCUUGGUCGGCACAUUUUUACGCUGAACGAUAUGAACGUGGUCAAUGGUUAAUGCAAGGAUAUGUUCAAAAACUUCAAGACUUGUGCACGGAGUUGCACAAUCAACUUCAACCUUGGUAUAAAAAAUUUAAAGACUUUGACACUUGUCCAAUUCCAAAAGGUACUAAAUGGGUCUUCAACAUGGUUCCAAUUGAAAUGGUCAAUAAAGUUCAAUAUUUGCCUCCACAUUAUGCAGGAAGAUGGCGAAUUAUUUUUGAUACAAAGUAUUUUGAAAAUGGAGUUGAAAAGCGCGAAUGUAAAAUGGGAUUUGGUAAUUUAUUUGUUGAAUGA